AUGGGCACGGUGCUCUCCCUCUCCCCCGCCGCCUCCUCGGGCAAGGGCGGCGGCGGCGGCGGCGGGGGGCUGCUGGCCGACAAGGCGCCGGGAAGGGUGCCGGGCAAGGGCGAGAGCCGGCUGAAGCGCCCCAGCGUGCUCAUCUCGGCGCUCACCUGGAAGCGGCUGGUGGCCGCCUCGGCCAAGAAGAAGAAGAGCACCAAGAAGGUGACGCCGAAGCCCGGCGGCGGGGCCCCGGGGGGGCCCCCGGGCCAGCCCGACCCGCUGGUGGCGCAGCGCAACCGCGAGAACUUGCGCAAGUCGGUGGUGGGGCCGGCCGACGGCGCCAAGCAGGGCCCGCUGGCCGUGCCGGUGCCCACCGUGCCCUCGGCGCCGCAGGAGCUGCACCCGGGCUCCGGCGGGGGCAAGCCGCCGCCGCCGCCGGCCGGUAGCCGCGCCCCGGGCUCCCCGCGCCGGGUGGUGGUGCAGGCGUCCACCGGCGAGCUGCUGCGCUGCUUGGGGGACUUCGUGUGCCGCCGCUGCUACCGGCUGAAGGAGCUGAGCCCCGGCGAGCUCAUCUCCUGGUUCCGCAGCGUGGACCGCUCGCUGCUGCUGCAGGGCUGGCAGGACCAGGGCUUCAUCACCCCGGCCAACCUGGUGUUCGUCUACCUGCUGUGCCGGGAAGCGCUGCGGGGCGAAGACAUCGGGAGCCAGGCCGAGCUGCAGGCCACCUUCCUCACCUGCCUCUAUCUCGCCUACUCCUACAUGGGCAACGAGAUCUCCUACCCGCUGAAGCCCUUCCUGGUGGAGGGCGACAAGGGGCGCUUCUGGGAGCGCUGCCUGGGCAUCAUCCAGCGCCUCAGCGCCAAGAUGCUGCGAAUCAACGCGGACCCGCACUACUUCACGCAACUCUUCCAGGACCUCAAGAGCGAGGGCGAGGGCGGAGACGGGUCCAAGCACUGGACGAUCAGCCUGGACCGCUAG